AUGAAGUACUUGGUGUUUGUGCUCCUGGUGGCUGCCGCUUGCGCUUCUGAGGUGGAGAAGCGAGAGGCGGAGCCAAGUCGUGCCUACAGCUAUGGCUACGGUCUCCACCACCACGCCUACUACCCCCGCUCUUACUACCGCCCCUACUACUACCCCUACCACCACUCCUACCAUCACCACCACAAGAGGUCCGCUGAACCCGAGGCCGAAGCCGAAGCCUCGUACCGCUACCCUUACUACCGAGGCUACUACCGUCCCUAUUCCUACGGCUACCACUCACACUACUACGCUCCCUACGUCCACCACCACCACAAGAGGUCCGCUGAUCCCGUUGCUGAGGCUGAACCCAGCUACGGCUACGGCUACAAGUCCUACCACCCCGUGUACCCUCGUUACUACCACUCCUACCAUCCGCGCACCUACCACGCCUACCCUUCUUACAGCCCCUAUGGCUACCGCGCCCACCACUAA